AUGGCUUCUCUCCUGUCCUUCUCUCUCCCCAAACCCAUCACAGUUAAGGCUUCUUCAACUCAAACAGCAACCACCCCUUCUCUCCCAGAGACUCUCGACUUGAAAUUUGGCCGGAAAGGUCUCAAAUUUUCAGGGUCCGACGAUGCUCCGACGGUUGAGUUGACAGUCAGAAAUGGAAGUUCACUGAAGCUUCAGAUACCUAGUGGCCAUGUCACUUCUUACAGGCCAAAAGUUUACUGGAAAGACGAUGGGUUUGAGGAAGUUCUUUAUACUGUGAAUGGGUCAGGUUCUAUCAGUGCCAAAGGUGGGAUUGGUUUGGUGAUUAAUGAUGUUUCUGACCCAAAUUCCAAAGGGGCUCCUGUGAAGACUUCUGAAUGGACUGUGAAGGAUGUGGAUUCGGAUUCCAUCGACGCUCUCCAGGUUGAGUUAAGCUGCACCAGUGGAGCUCUAGAUAUAACCUAUGUUGUCUCCCUCUAUCCACUAAGCAUGGCAACAGCAGUAAUAGUGAAAAACAAUGGCCGCAAGGCUAUUAAUCUAACUAGUGCUAUACUUAGCCAUUUCAAGUCUAAGAAAAGAAGUGGAACAGCAGUUAAAGGACUCCGGGGCUGCUCUUACUGCACACACCCUCCUUUCCCUUCGCCAUUUGAAAUUUUAUCCCCAUCUGAAGCUUUGAAAUCUGAGGACCCUGAUUGGUUCUCUUUUGGCUGGGAGCCUGAAAAGAAACCAGGAGAGUGGACUUCACAGGAUGUACCCAUCACCAUUCUGAAGCAUAAGCUCAGUAGGGUGUACAGUGCUCCUCCAGCGGAAAGAACAAAUGGAUUUCAUUAUUCCACACCUUCAAAAUAUGAAACUAUUGAUCAGGGGCGUGAGCUCUUCUUCAGGGUUGUACGGAUGGGUUUUGAAGACAUUUACUUGUCCAGUCCUGGUUCCUUCUCACAGAAGUAUGGAGAGGACUAUUUCAUCUGCACAGGCCCUGCUUCAAUGCUGGUACCAGUGGUUGUAAACCCUGGUGAAGAGUGGAGAGGGGCACAAGUUAUUGAGCAUGAUAAUUUGUAA